GGCUGCGGAUACCGUGACCAGCGUGGAGGCCUUGGUGAAGAGGAGAUGGGUGGUCCACCCCGGGAGCCGGGUGCGAAACUUUUGGAACUGCCUGGUGGCGGUGUGCGUGUCGCACGACCUGCUGGUGGUGCCCCUCUAUGCCUUUGACCCUCCGCGCUCUGAGUUCUGGGAGUUCUUGGAGUGGUUCAUGCUGCUGUUCUGGAACUUGGACUUCUUUGCAUCCCUGUGCACCGGCUUCUACGAUGAAGGCAGGCUGAUCAUGAGCUGGAAACGGAUCGCGGUGAACUAUGCCAAGACCUGGAUGUUCUUCGACCUUUCGCUGAUCUCCAUGGAUUGGUCCUUCCGAAUCUUGGACUGGGCGCACCAAGCCCCCGGCAACUGGUCCAAGAGUUUGCGGAUGCUUCGCUUCCUGCGGCUGCUGCGGAUGCUGCGGUGGAUCAAGCUGCGGAAGAUCAACGAGGUCACUCAGGAGCUGUUUCACACCCAGGCUGCCAGCCUGUACUACGGGCUGUUCAGCAGCAUUGCCACUCUGCUGGUCACGAACCACUUGCUGGCAUGCGCUUGGUUUGCCAUGAGCCACGUCUACGCAGAGAAUUGGGUGACCGACCUGGGCAUUGAGAAUGGUUCCGUGGAGUACCAGUACCUGACCUGCCUGAACUGGGCCUUCGCCCAGCUGGGCGUGGGAUCCAGCCCGGCCCAAGCAACCAACAGCCUGGAGACGGCCUUCUGCAUCUUCAGCGCUUUCCGGUCGCUGAUCACCUCCUCCACGCUCAUCAGCACGGUGAGCAACCUCAUGGCCUGGCUGAGCAAGAUCAAGGAGGACGAGAGCGACGAGUUCCGCAGGCUGCGAGCCCACCUGGCGAACCACAACAUACCUCACGCCCUGAGCCAGAAGAUCACCAACUUCUUGCAGUACCAGUACGCCGUCAGGAAGGAAGCAAGGUCCGCAGAUGUGGCGGUGCCGUUGCUGGACUUGCUCUCGCAGCAGCUGCAGGGGGAGCUGCAGUUUGCGAGGUACGAGCAGGCCCUGCGGAAGCUGGUGCUGCUGGAGGAGCUCAUGGAGACCGCUGACCGGCAGGUGGUCCAUACCUUGCACUGCCUGGCCGUGCGCGCGGUGCGGACCACGGUGGUGGCCGGCCAGGACGUGGUGUUCCUCGCCGGGCAGGAGGCGGACUGCGCCUACCUGAAGCUCACGGGGGCGGUGUCUUACCUCCUCGACGGCGAGCGGAAGGAGUUCGAUGAGUCCGGCUGGAUGGCGGAGGUGAGCUUGUGGGUCCCCUGGUUUUACCUCGGGGACCUGGUCUCGGAGGACGUCACCCGCCUGGUGGCGGUGGACGCGGAGGGCUUUGCCAAGGCCGUGGGCAAGUGCUGGACGACGCAACGCAGCGCGCGAAAGUACGCUGCCCGGUUUGUGGAAGUGAUGCAGAAGGAGACCAAUUGGUCAGACAUGCUGACGCUGCGCCCCGCGUUGCCUCGCACCCAUUCCAUCCUCACGGCGGCCAAAUCUGGGCACUGCUGCCCGGACAUCUUCAAGAGGAAAGGAAGGGUUGUUGGCUUCGAUGAGGUGGUGUCCAACGACGGAGGACAUGGGCUGAGCAACGGCCGGGUGAGUCAGUGAGGUUGCCAAACGGGCAGUGGCCUUGCCCAAAGCCCACCUGCGUCUGGGGCACUUGGCUUGUGCCACGUCAGCGGCACGGACUUCCGGUGCCGAUGAUUUCAGCAGUGGCUGCGGUCUGCGCAAGCUGGAUUUUCACCGCAUCAGGUUCCUUUUUUUUCUCUUUUCUCGCGGGCUGAGUGGCAGUGAUCUGCCAAAGCAGCCGGCUGAGGUUGCGCUUCCAAACCCUGAGGCGCAUUACUCCUGGUUUGUUUGAACAUGGAUCAACUCUCUUUUCCCGGCGGCCGGCACGGCUAAAAGCUGUUCGCCAGCCCCGUGUGCCAACGGGGGCCCUUCUCCCAAAUAGUUCUCAGGCGAUUGCCAAGGGGAGCGAGCAACGGGUCUUUGUGCACGCUCAGCUUGGCAAGAAUAGUUGAUUGGCACUGUGAGCCCGGAUUUUUGCCCGGCGAAGCAGCGAGCUUUGAACUCAGCUGCUGUUCGGCUCGGGCAGCUUGCAAGCAUCGAGAAUCCAUGCCACGAGCUUCCCGACGGUUUUUCGGCUUGAUGCAUGGCUGUGCCACCUGGUGCGUUUCCGGCCUUAUGUGCAGCUUGCGGAGAAGCAUGGGGCAAGGCACAGCCAACUUCCGCCUUUGUGUCGUAGCACCCUGCUCAGUUG